CUGCCGCCGCAGUUCCCGGCGCGCCACAUGGAACCGGCCGGCCCGAGCGCGCUCUGCCGCUGACCGCCCGCCAGCCCGCCCGCGCUGCGGCCCCGGGAAGGCAGAGGACUUCUGGCCACACUCGAAUGUGAGCUACGGCCCUCCAAGGAGCCACUGAGGACUCAAAGCCAUCGCCAUGGAGUUCGUGAUGAAACAGGCCCUGGGAGGGGCCACCAAGGACAUGGGGAAGAUGCUUGGGGGCGACGAGGAGAAGGACCCUGACGCCGCCAAGAAGGAGGAGGAGCGGCAGGAGGCGCUGCGGCAGGAGGAGGAGGAGCGCAAGGCCAAGUACGCCAAGAUGGAGGCGGAGCGCGAGGCCAUGCGCCAGGGCAUCCGCGACAAGUAUGGCAUCAAGAAGAAGGAGGAGCGUGAGGCCGAGGCCCAGGCUGCCAUGGAGGCCAACUCGGAGGGCAGCCUGACAAGGCCCAAGAAGGCCAUCCCGCCGGGCUGUGGGGACGAACCGGAGGAGGAGGACGAGAGCAUCCUGGACACGGUCAUCAAGUACCUGCCUGGACCCCUGCAGGACAUAUUCAAGAAGUAACAGCCACGGAGCCGGACAGCAGCUCGCCCGAGCCCGGAGCCCCUGCCCCCUCGCCCACCCCCAGUCCUGCCCCCCGCGGAGGCCCCUGAAGGGAUGUCGGGAGCAGAGUGCAGCCCUCCAACACCAGUAUAAGCCAUAGUCCUGGGUCUUUCCGCCCCAUGCCCCCCUUAUGCCUUGGGAGCCUCUGCCCACCUCUCACCCCACCCCAUCCCCGCACUGCCAUCGCCACUACCACUGAGGGAGGGGCACCCUACCGCCCCACCCAGGGCCCCUGCGGUCUGCUGGAGGCUCUGGGGACCAGCCCACGUGCUCGUCUUGGCAGCAGGUGGGUUGGACCCUCCCCCAGAGCCUGGGAAGCCCCUUCCUGCUCCAGCCCUUCACCACCCACCCAGCAGGGCCCUUGGCCAGGGCCACCUUAAGGGCCAGUCCCUCGACCACCUCUGCGUUGGCGGGCGCAAACUCAGGAGCACAGCCAUAGUAGGGGGCAGCGGUCGUGCAGGCUGGGGUGGGGGUAGGAGAGGCCAGCAGCUGGCGCCCGGGCUCACUGCCUGGGAUCAGCCUGGCCCCCCCCCAACCCCUCCCCCGCACUGACACCUGGGUUGCUGUAUCUGUGUCUUCCUAGUGCUAGUCCCUAGUGCCUGCCCUCCACCUCCGUCCAUCUGCACCCCUUACCUUCUUCGUCCAGCUGUCUCUGCCCUCCCGGCCCUCUUCUGGUCCACUCCUCUGGAAGCCUUCGAUUCUGAGGAAUGCCAGGGCCUGCGCUCUCCUCCACCAAGGGAAACACAAAGUGACAGGCUUGCGAAAGCCUCAGACAGGCGCUCAUGCAGCCCCAUAACUCCAGCUCCCCUGAGUCUGUCGGCCCGGCUGAGCCCAGCCCCACUCCCCUCCUGGCUGCCACGACCCGUGUCCUCCGAGGCUGCUCUCGGGGUGGAGUGCCCUGCCCUCACCCUCUGAACACCCGCACCUUCGCCCAGAACCGGGAGGAGAAGCAGAGCCCUGGGGACCGGGCGCUGGGUGCCCGCAGAAGCAAGCGGAGUCCGAAGGCCCGCCCCUGUCCCUGUGCUGUCCCUGCGCAGAUGCAGGCCCUCGAAUUGGGGUUGGCACCCCUGCCACAUGGGCCAGCCGGGGUCAACAGAAACAGCCAAGGGCCUCCCAACCCUCACGUUUCCUCUACCUUCGUUUAAUUUGCAUCACAAUAUGUCGAAUCUCAGGUAAUUGAGGUCUUACGUUUUGAGGAGUUUUAUCGUGACAGGAAGCCUCUCGCCCCAGUCCCUGGGGCCUUUUCUGUCUCGUCGAAACUUCAUCGUGUCCACGUGUCGCGGGCCAGGGGCGCGGGCCUCCCUAGCUCUUUAGAGAAGCCAUACGACUAGACGCAAUACGAACCACCGCCGCCCCCCAGUUCCCAGCCGCGGGCGCGCCCCGCCUCCUCCCGGUCCCACGUCUUUUUUAAAUGCCUGUUUUCACACGUUAAAAAGCCAGCUCUGAGCAGACAGGGCGCUAUCUCUAGAAACCCCGCAUCCUGCUCCGGGCGCGUGGGACGCCCAAGCAGCCGAGCUUAGUGUAGACCGUGGAUGUCCCCGUCGUCUGUCCUGGCGCCCGUGACUCCUCCUGCAUGCGGGGGCCUCUCCAGAUGGAGUCACAGCCAAUAAACACCACAGUGAUUUCA